AUGGUGUCCAAAGAAGAAAGCUCUACUACAGAUAAGUUUGAAAAACAACCCGUUAAGGGUCAAAAGGAAGAAAAGAAGGAUGAAAUGACAGAAGAAGACAGAAAGUUAGAAGAAGAUUUGAAUAUGCUUGUUCAGCGAUUGAGCGAAAGCGAUCAAUCUCUUUACCAACCAUCAUUGGAGAGCAUGAGAUCUCUGAUCCGUGCCUCCACAACAUCUAUGACUUCAGUUCCUAAGCCUCUGAAAUUCAUGCGUCCUCACUAUCAAAAAAUGAAAGAAAUUUUUGACAAAAUUGCAGAAGGAACUCCUAAAAAACUCUGUGCUGACAUAAUUUCUGUGCUUGCUAUGUGUUCGGACGAGAAGAACGACUGCAUCAAUUACCGAAUGAAGGGUCUCGGUGAAUCUAUGAGUGAUUGGGGACAUGAGUACGUGAGACACUUGGCUACGGAAAUGGCCGAUGAAUGGCGAGCAGCUGGUGAUGGCACCGAUAAGGGCAAGAUCAGACGUGAAGAAUUGACAGCCAUGGCUCGUGAAAUCGUUGAGCACAAUAUGAAACACAAUGCUGAGGUCGAAGCUUGUGAUCUCCUGAUUGAAAUCGAGAAGCUCGAGCUACUUCUUGAAUAUGUGCACGAUGUUGAUCAUCCCCGCGUUUGUUUGUAUCUUUUGAGCUGUGCUCCUCUAACACCAGACCCGGAUAACAUCAUCCUCAUUCGAUGCGCUAAAGAUAUUUAUUUGAAGUUUGAACGUUACUUGGAAGCUGUCAGAUGUGCUAUAAUGUUAAACGAUACCGAUGAAAUCAAGUCCAUUUUCAUGAAAACUACUGAUCCACUCUUACAACAACAAAUGGCUAUCCUUUUGGGUCGUCAUCAAGUCUACAUUGACUUCGAGGAUGUUCCAAACGGGGACCAGCUAUCUGAACUUAACUGCAAUACUCAUCUUUAUGAAUACUUCCGUUCUUUGGCUAGAGAGCUUGACAUUAUGGAGCCUAAAACACCAGAAGGAAUCUAUAAAAGCCAUCUUGAGCACAGUAGACCCUUCGGAAACACAAGCGCUCCUGAUUCGUCUCGAAUGAAUUUGGCAGGAGCUUUCGUUAACGGUUUCGUGAACUGCGGAUUCGGAGUUGACAAGAUGAUGGCCGAAGGAGAAGAUGCUAACAGAUGGUUCUACAAGAACAAGGAAUUUGGAAUGUUUUCUGCUGCAGCAUCUCAAGGUCUCAUUUGGAGAUGGGAUAUUGACUCUGGAUUGAACAAAUGUGACCAUUUUCUAUAUGUGAAUGAUGACUUCAUCAAGGCCGGAACCCUUCUGGCCAUUGGUAUCAUCUCCUCUGGUAUCCAAGAUCCUUGUGAUCCUGCUUGCGCUCUUCUUCUCGAGCAUAUUCAUUCGGACAGGGCUGUAAUGCGAAUCGGUUCUGUUCUCGGCCUUGGAUUAGCUUAUGCUAACUCGAAACGUGAGACUGUAACCAAAGAUGAAGAUGGAGGAGUGAUAUUUGAGCUUAAGAAGGUGUUGACAGAUACGAAAAAUUCUUCUACUGCUGAAGUAAAAGGGCUUGCCGGUCUUUCUUUGGGAUUGAUUAUGGUCGGUACUGCGGAUCAUACUGUAGCUAUGGAAAUGCUGCAAACAUUGAUGGAAAAAAGUGAACAAGAGCUUGCUGAACCAAACAUGCGUUUCUUGGCUCUUGGAAUUGCUUUGAUCUUCUUAGGAACCCAGGAGAAGAGUGAAGUAUUUGUGGAGUCAUUGAGAUCUCUUCCUGAGCCAUUCGGAUCAAUGGUGUCUACGCUUGUGGAUGUGUGUGCUUAUGCAGGAACAGGAAAUGUUCUUAAAAUACAGAAGCUACUUCAUAUGUGUUCGGAACACUACGAAACAGCAGAUGAUAAGAAGAAGGAUAAGAAGAAAGAUAACAAAGACAAAGAAAAGGAGAAAGAGAAAAAAGAUGAUGGCAAGAUCGACCUUUCCAGUCAGCAAGCUGUUGCCGUAAUCGGUAUUGGAUUGAUUGCAAUGGGAGAAGAAGUUGGAUCUCAGAUGGCUUUGAGAAUGUUCGGACAUUUAAUCCGUUAUGGUGAGCCUGUAAUUCGCAGAGCUGUUCCUCUUGCUCUUGCUUUGAUCUCCGUUUCCCACCCACAACUCAAUAUUCUGGAAACUUUGAGCAAGUUUUCUCACGACGCAGAUGCUGAUACUGCACAUAACGCUAUUUUCGCUAUGGGAUUAGUAGGUGCUGGAACUAACAACGCACGUUUAGUGUCGAUGCUUCGCCAAUUGGCAAGUUACCAUCAUAAAGAUCAGUUCUCCCUCAUGCUUGUGAGAAUCGCACAGGGAUUAACACAUCUUGGAAAAGGAACAAUGACCAUGAAUCCAUGGCACUCGGAUCGUCAACUGUUGUGUCCUAGUGCCGUUGCUUCCCUUCUGACCAUUUGUUUUGCCUUCUUGGAUGCAAAUAACUCCGUUCUCAAUAACAAACAACAUUACUUAUUAUAUGUUCUUGUUCUUGCUAUGCAGCCAAGAAUGCUUGUAACUUUGUGCGAGGAUGAGCUGAAGCCAGGUCAACUCAAACAAGUUUCCGUUACCGUGAGAGUUGGACAAGCUGUUGAUGUGGUAGCUCAAGCUGGUAAACCCAAGACUAUUACGGGAUUCCAAACUCAUACAACCCCUGUUUUACUCGCAUACGGAGAAAGAGCAGAAUUGGCAAACGAUGAAUAUAUAUCAAUGACACCUUAUCUGGAAGGCCUUGUUAUAUUGAAAAAGAAUCCCGAGUACGAAGCUACAGUACCUGCUAAGAAAUAA